CUCCUGCCUCAGCCUCCCCAGUAGCUGGGGCUACAGGCACCAGCCAUCAGCGGCCAGUUCAAGCCUGAAGCCCAGUCUCUGGGCUCCCUGUCCAGGGCUCCCAGGGCCUGCCCGCCGCUGCCCCUGGGUCUCACUUUCUCACCACCUGCCGGCCACCGGGCCCAGGCCCAGUCUCAGAUGCACGAACCGUCCCCGCCUGCCUUUGAGCACCCCUCCCCCAACGGUCUCCCUGGAUCCUCCCGGGGGGGUCCUCAUCACUCGAGCCUCUGCUCCGUGUCACCUCCGCUCCAAGGCCUCUCCUGCCCCCUCCCAUUGCGCUCCUUGUCAACGACGCACCCGUCGCCACCCGAAGCCAUCCUGUCCUGCCAGCUCUGCCUUCAGAACACACCCCUGUCCCCUCCCCGCCCCUCCCCCGCUGCUGUCACCUGGUCCCCCCCACCCCCUCCCACUAGACCGGGCUGUCUGGACCUCAGCACCUGGACACUUGGGGCAGAGUCGUUCUCUGUGGUGGGGCGUUUGUUUGCCAGCGUCCCUGGACUCCACCUGCCGGAAGCCACCUGUGACAACAAGAACUGUCUCUGGACGUUGGCCAGUGUCCCCUGGGAAGCAGAACCAGCCUGGUGGAGACCCAAGCUCAGAAAUGCUGCAAAACACCUCCCUCACACGACCCUUGCCCCCUCUGCGCCACACAGCAGGGUGGGCUUGAGAACACCACGCAGCUCCUGUCACUGUGGGCUCAAAGCAUCUGACGGCUUCUGUCCAUGUUCGGCACCCACGCCCAUCUCUGUGGCCCACGGGGACCCUGCAGGGCCCGCGCCCACCCGUCUCCAGCGUGCUCGGCUCUGGCCACGCCGGCCGCACGGCCCCACCUGCGACGCUGGCGCCUGCACGCCCUCUGCCCUAAGCUCUCCUGGGUCUCUUCCCAUUCCAGGCCUGUCCGCACCCCCAGGGCCGGCAGAUCCCCCCUGCGCCCCUGAGCUGCCCCACUCUGACAGCCCUCCCUGUCACUGCCUGGACUCAGCUCCUCACGGCCUUUUCUCGAGUUAUCCUGUUCCUGUUCCUUUAACUUUCUGUGUGUUCACUUCCGUCUCCCUCAUUCGACUGCAGCCCCGGAGGCCAGGGGCCUUGACGUGCUCCCUGUGGUGUCAGGGACAGCUCCUGGGCCGGGGAAGACCCUGGGGACACCGGGUCCGUGCACGAACACGUGCCGUGGGCGUGGGCUUCUCUCCGUCGGGGCACGGCCGGGCCGGGCCGGGGUUGGCGGAGGAGUCCCCUGCAGCCCGUGGCUGCUGCGGACAUGGAGAGCCGGGGUCGGCCGGGACCCGCAGCCUCCUUGGCCUCGCUUCUCGGGAAACAGGCGGAAAUUUCCCUCCCGGUCGGAAGUGGCAGCAGGCCCGGCCACACCCCAGCCCGGCCCAGGCGAGGCCCGGUCUAAAUAUAGAAGGUGGAGCGUGA